UGCUCGGCGCAGCAGACAAAGGAAGUUGGGAGUUUUCUGUGCAGCGGGUGGUAAUUAGCUACCAAGGAGCAGGGAAGACGGAAAAGUAGCUACACACAUUCACACACACUGCCACAUCACACACACGCAGCUCACCGCAUCAUGCGUGCUUAUCACAAGCAUCUGGAAGUUUGGGCGCUGCUGCUUUUCUUCAUGAGAACUUGUUGGAGCGUCCCGCAGAGAUGUGAGCCUGGAGACGAGUUUUUAGGAAGUUGCAGCAGCACCACACAAGAAGAAACACCUGCCUGCACAGAGAUGAACCUCGGCUACUGUAAUGAAAUGGAUUACUCAAGAACCAUAUUCCCAAACAUCCUUGGGCACCGGAGUCGUUUUGAGGCGGAGUCGGGGGCAGAGUACCUCCUCUUGAGCGUCAUUCAUGGUCUUCUCAACGGUGAGUGCUCCCCUGAGAUCCGCCUUGUUGGCUGCUCCGUUCUGGCCCCGCCCUGCCGGGAGGACAAGGUGGUGAAACCAUGCCGCAGCUCCUGCGAGGCGCUGAGGAAGGACUGCAGCCACGCCUUCGAGGCCAUCGACAUGGCCUGGCCUUACUUCCUGGACUGCGACCGCUUCUUUGCCAGCGAAGAAGAAGGCUGCUUCGACCCUCUGGCCAGGCUGAGAGCCAGGCAGGAGCUAGCCCUGUCCAGCCUGUCUCCUGAGGAGCCCAGCACCAUCAUCCAGUUCACCUACACCUCCAACGCACAGAUGUACAGCUUACUGAAACGGACCGCAGCCAAGUGCUCCCACAUUUCUCACGUUUACAGCAUCGGACGCAGCACCGAGGGCCGAGACCUGCUGGUGAUCGAGUUCACCGACAACCCGGGACAGCACGAGCUACUCGAGCCGGAGAUCAAGUUGGUGGGCAACAUGCACGGGAACGAGGUGCUGGGCCGUCAGCUGCUCAUCUACUUGGCCCAGUACCUGUGUUCCGAGUACCUUCUGGGAAACCAGAGAAUUCAGACCAUCAUCAACACCACUCGCAUCCACAUCCUGGCCUCCAUGAACCCCGACGGCUACGAGCUGGCCGCUUCAGAGGUAGAAGAUAGCAAUGACCCGGAGCUCAACAACCAGGAAGGUCACUUGUUAAAUGGCUGGACUAAUGGUCGGACCAACGCCCAGAAUAUCGACCUGAACCGCAACUUUCCAGAUCUGACGUCCAUUCUGUAUCGGAGCCGUCGAAGCAGGCACUUCCGCACCGAUCACAUCCCGAUCCCUGAUGCUUACUGGUUUGGCAAGGUGGCACCAGAGACCUACGCCGUGAUGAAGUGGGUCAGGUCACUGCCGUUUGUUCAGUCCGCCAGUCUCCACGGAGGGGAGCUGGUGGUCUCCUACCCCUUCGACUUCUCCAAACAUCCAAAUGAAGAGAGGAUGUUUUCACCCACUCCAGAUGAACAGAUGUUCAAGCAGCUAGCUCGUACCUAUGCUGAUGCUCACGCCACCAUGUCCAACAAUGACACAGAGAGGUGCGGCGCCUCCUUCUACCGGACGAGGGGCAUCAUCAACGGGGCACAGUGGUACAGUUUUGCUGGCGGCAUGUCUGAUUUUAAUUACCUGCACACAAACUGCAUGGAGAUCACAGUGGAGCUCGGCUGCGACAAAUUCCCCUCCGAGGCCGAGCUUUACCCAGAAUGGAAGAGGAAUAAAGAAGCUCUGCUCAGUUUUCUGGAGUCUGUGCAUCGAGGCAUUAAAGGUGUCGUCAAAGAUUCCGAUGGAAAUGGGAUAAAAGGAGCGUCAGUCUCUGUGAGAGGGAUUAGAAAAGACGUCACCACAGCUGAGGAUGGAGAUUACUGGAGGCUGUUGAAUUCUGGCACUCACAUCAUGACCGCUACAGCUAAGGGUUACUCAAGAGUCAGUAAAAGAGUUUCUCUGCCUCACAACAUGAACAAAGCUGGACGGGUCGACUUUGUCCUGCAAAAGCUUCCCGUGGAGCCGGAUAUCGACGACCACCUCUUCCCCAUGGUGGACACCUGGGAGCGAUUCGACCCCUACAACCAGUUUGAACGCCACGGCGAUCCAGAUGUUGCUGAGGGGGAAGUGGAGCGCGAGGAGAAGCCGUGGUGGUGGAACUACUUCUCCCAGUCUGGGUUCUCUCCUCCUAACUGGCUGCUGCGAAACGUAUAAACGGCUUUUUUUUUUUUUUUUUGGAAAAUGAAAGAACACACGAGGAGACUGCAGUGAUGAAUGGAUCCACAUUCAGUCGCAUCUUUGCUUUUAGACACGUCCGUGUGGCAGCAGCUGUGACGCCGAAACCUCAAAACCCAAACGAAUUAUUGGUGCUUCCUGGAAGGAUGGAAACAGGAACCUCAGUAUCCCUCUCACAUCUUUAGCAGCUGCAUCUAACUUGUUUUAAGGAAACACUGGAUCAGUGAGAAAUAAAACAUUAUUAAUAGGAUCAUUUUUCAUCCUAGAAAUCUGAUAAGAGUUGAGAUUAAAUGUAAACAAUCAAACAGAUUAUGAUUUUCAAAGAUGAAGGCAGCUGCAUUUUGUGUAUUCAUUUAGAACUGAUUUGGACACUAUUUUUGUUUCAAUAUAAAUCUGAUCAAAUAA